CAUUCGGAUAAUACCAGGGCGCUCAAGCAAAAAGUCAAUGUGCUGCGCACUCCCAACAGCAGGUGGCAGCAUGCACACUGCCAUUGUGAAAACAAAAAUAAAAAAAAUACAAGGGAAGAAGAAAACUGCAAAGAUGGCGUCGUUGUUGGAAUCAACACAUGUGAGCUUGGAAGAACAUAGCGACGCCCGAGACAGCACAGGAGACUCCGACGAUGAGAGUAAUGAUGGGGCGAGCGAAAGCGAGCAGGCUGAGGACUCGGAGAAAACCAAUCCUAAUGCGGGAUGGGCGGACGCCAUGGCUAAGAUUCUUAGCAAGAAAACUUUAGAGGACAAACCGAGUAUCUUAGCGAAAAAUAAAGACUUGGAUAAAGUGAAGGAGAAGGAAAAGAAGGAGCGACUGGAAAGGAAGAAGCAGCUGGAUAAGAAGAGGGCCUGGGAGAUGCUCUGCCGGGAGAAACCGGAUGUGGUGCGAGACCGAGAAACUGAGAGGAACCUGCAACGGAUUGCCACCAGGGGUGUGGUCCAACUGUUCAAUGCUGUGAGGAAACACCAGAAACACAUUGACGACAAAAUGACGGAAGUCGGCGGGUCGGAGAGAAAGCGGGCCAAGCUGCUCUCCGCGGUCUCCAAGAAAGACUUUAUCGACGUUCUGCGUGGGGCGGAACCUGGCGCUGUUCCUGCAUCACAAAAGCAGGUGGCUGCCGUCAAGCCAGAGGAGAAGCCGUCGUGGAGCAUUUUGCGGGACGACUUUAUGAUGGGGGCAUCCAUGAAGGACUGGGACAAGGAGAGUGAAGAGGAGGGAGGCAAAGGGGAUCAGGAGGGUGUACGGAAAGGCAGUGUGGACUACAACAGCGAAUCAGACUGACCCCUCAUUUGCAUGUGUGUUCCUACGUGGACAUUUAAGAUCCUCUCAAAUGCUCGAUGAUCCAAUUCUGAGGAGCCCAUGCAACUGGAUAAAAAGAAUCAAGGUUGAUGUCCCCCAUGGACAGCAGCCCACUUGACCUCCAAACCAUAAUGAAGACAUUGGCUCCCCUCCACAUUCUAAGGGUCAUUGUUCCUGUGUCAGGUGACCUGUAAUGGAAAGCACCUUGUGUAUAUGAUGGACUCCAGAACAUUCCAGACAGUCAAGUUUUCUCUUUUACAUGCUAAAUACUCAUUCACGUAAAAAGGUGGGUGUGUUUAUCUUCAUAACAAUAUUCGAGAUGAGUAUCAAGAGAGGAACAGAGUGUGUCCUGGCAAUCUUCUCUUUCAAAAAGGAAUAACUGAGACAAAAUUUCAGACAUGCUUAGAGCCCUGUCUGUAUAACUAUCAGUGCAGAGAUACCUGCUAUCAAGGCAUCUGCAUUUUAAGCAUGUUUUUCAGGAUGGUAGGAGGGUACACAUUCAUUCUGGCACAGAUAACAUUAAUUUCUAAAGUCUCAUUCACCAGGACAAAUCGCCUAAAAACAGUUUUUAUCCCACAGCAAUCAUGGCUUUAAAUUCACAAUAGAAACUGUUAAUUUUUAUAUCUCAUCAGUGCAAUUUGUAUAUUCAGUGCAAUUUGCAUAUUUUUAAUAUAUAUUUUUUAUUACUCUUAUGCCUCACAUUAAGUUGAUUGCAUUUUCAAUUUCAUUGUUCAAGUGACAAUUACAAUAAAGAUUAUCUUUAUCUUUAUCAGCCAGCCACAUUCUUCACGAGAGCUAUGUAUGAGGGACAGUUUGUGACUCAGUGGGUUAUAAUGCUGUGCCAGUGAUUGGAAGGUUCCGGAUUGAAAUGGCUUCUCUGUUGGGCCCCUAAGCAAGGCCUUUCACUGCCCCUCCUUAAUGUCUCCACUGUCAGCAAAACUGAGCAUUUCGUGUUGCAGACAGAGUGCUCCCCCCCAGUACCGCAUGGGUUCCAGAGCCACACUUCUUACUUAAUAUUUACUACUUAUACAUUCAAUAUUCUUUGCAAAUAAAAAAAUAAAUGUACUGUAUGUUCACCAUUUGAGUACCUUUAUUAGCAAGAAAUUGUCAUAUCUUUGAUUCAUUAAAGUAACCUCCUCUAGCAGUUAUAGCUGCA